AUUUUGAAAGUCACAAGCUCAAAGCAUCAACCAGCUGAUCUUAUCACAGCUGAUAUUUGGUUUCAGCUUUGGUUUGUGGUAGACGUGGCAUCUGAAUGAAAACAAGCUGUCGACCUAACAUUUAGAGGUGCUGCAAGUCACCUAGGAAAACCAAGCAGUGGAAACAAGGUGAAAUAAACGCUGAAAUGGCACCGACAUUGUAUGAUGAAAAACCCAAGGUCGGAGACUUGAUUGAGAUCUUCAGGGGAACCUAUCAGCACUGGGCUGUGUAUGUGGGCGAUGGCUUCAUUGUCCACUUGGCUCCACCCUCUGAAGUUGCAGGUGCCAGUUCCAGCAGUAUGAUGUCUGUUCUCCACGAGAAGGCCUUGGUGAAGAAAGAGGAACUGUGGGAUGUGGUGGGAACCAAUGAGUGGAAAAUCAACAACAGCCUGGACAAGGAUUACGAGCCCCGCCCGGUGCACGUCAUUGUGAAGGACGCCUGUGCGAUGGUCGGAAAAGAGCUGCCAUACUGCGUCUUCAGAAGGAACUGUGAGCACUUUGCCAACGAGCUGCGCUACGGAAAAGCAGAGUCCCGGCAGGUGUGUAAGGCAAAAGAAACCGCCAUGAUCGCCGGUGCGGCUGCGUUUGUGGGUUUUGGUAUCGUGGCUCUUGCAGGAGCUCUGUUCGGAGGUGGCAAGAAGGAAAACAAGAACGAAAAGUGAGGUGAUAUUCUCAUGAGUCCCAGGGUGUCAGGUACUGCUGAGAAUAUCACCAGCAAAGCCUGCUUCCUCUCAUGAUCACUCACAGAAAACACUCACUAGUUGACAUAUUGUUAAUUACCCAGAAACUUGGUUGAUCUCUCUCCUGCCUAAUCUUCCAUGCCUUCUCUGGUGUAAAUAACAAUGAAAAGCUUUUUGGAUUGGGAUCAAAACCUUGUAUUUUUCUGACUUUGUAGCAUACAUGCGUUUAACAAAUACUAUUUCCAGUUAUGAAGCUGCCAAUACUGAAUAUGUUAAAAUGUUGUUAAAUAAAAUAAAGAAUUUGAAGAUGAAUGUAGAUAUGUUUUGGAUUGUGAAGGAUUUGACAGGUUUGUAUGUAUAUAUAUAUAUAUAUAUAAAUAAUGUUUUACACGAUCAGUUAACACAAAUAAUUUGUAAUUACAUUUUGUGCAAGAGCCAUGUGAUGUUGCAUGUACUGCGGCCUUCUGUUCAGUGUAAAAGCACUUUAAUGAACUGUGGGUCCUGUACGACACGAGACGUGUUGACUCAACUAAUUGUACACUUUAUAAAAUUAGUUCACAAGUUAACCUGAAAUUCAUAACGCGUUGUCUUGCUCUGACAUUUCCUUGUUUGUAAAUGUUUUGAAUAAAGAAUAAUUUCCAAGUCAA